AGUUGACCAACUACAAUAAAAACAAAGAAGAAGAAAUAACCGGAAGUGACGACACGAGGGGGGUUGUUGACAAAUCCAGCUAGCCUUUGCUAGGUAGCAUGGUUAUUCGUUGACUUAUUUACUAAAUAAAACGUCCAUAAUGAGUUCUCUAGACGACAGGCACGGAACAAAACGUCCAGCUUCUCCAAAUGACGAUGGAUCUACAUGGGCAUCCGCUGACCUUGGAAGCGAUGAAAGGAAGCAGAAGUUUUUACGUUUGAUGGGCGCCGGCAAGAAAGAACCAACCGGAAGACUCGUGAUUGGCGACCACAAGUCGACGUCCCAUGUCCGCAGUGGGUUUGAAGACAGAAGGAUGAACGAGCAGCUGGAGAUGCAGUACCAGCAGGGCAUGGAUGGGAAGCUGUCCGGCCGGAACCGGAGACACUGUGGUCUGGGUUUCAGUGAGCCUGAGCCAGAGUUACUGCCCGACCCCCCAGUGGACAGUCAGACAAAAGCAACAGAGCCAGAGAAGUCCACUUGUGCAGAGAAACCCACAGACGCCAAGGACCAAGGCAGCGAUUCCAACUCGGAGACCUCGGAUAAGUCCGAGUCCGACUCAAACAGUAGUGAUGAAGAGCGGGAAUCUGCUGCGAAGAGGCCGUUGUGAAGUCAGCGUAGGGCUGUGGGGGGGUGGGGAUGGGGGUGCAGGGAGGAAUUUGUUUUUGUAAUCUCAAAUUUGUACAUUUUGACGUUUGUUUGACUGUAUGUGAUCACCCAUGAUUAUAGUCCGCUUUACUGUGUAGAAAAUAGUUUUCUAUACAAGUACUUCUCAUUGGGGGACUUCCUGGAGUGUUUGCUGUCAGGAAUCAAGUCAGCAGGCUGUAGCGUCAUUUUAAACAGUCAAUGAAUUAUGUUGGAUGAAACACAGUUGCUAUACACAUUGUACAUUUUGUGAAUUCUUGUUUCAAAACCAAUAAAAGGAAGUUUGGGUCUAA